AUGUCACUUCCGCCAGUCUACAUUGACGAGGACAUCGGUCACGAUGACGACACCGCGGUUGGCACCGACGGGGCACCCUACAAGACUCUCGCUCAUGCCAUGAUACAACAUCCACCAACCACAGCAUCAUAUCUGACUCGAAAGUCGAAAACUGGCGCUGUUGGCGAGGACGGAGAUGAGAGCGCACGCCUCGAAUGGAAGGCACCCACUAAAUCUGCCAUCAAGAAAGCGACGGGUCUUUUCGAGAACUACAAGAAAAAGCAGGCCAAAGCGGCCGAACUUGCCAUUCGCGAAAACGCCGAAGCAGUAAAACGCCAGCAAACGCUCGAAGAAGCCAAGAAGAUCGUCAUCAAAGAAGAUGCCAGCCUUCCCAAACCAAUUCGCAUUCGCCUCGACGACACUGAUGAGUCCAAACUCAAGCUCGGCACGGCGGACAGCAAGGGCACCCGCGUCCGUGUGCUAGGCCGCGUACACCACCUCCGCUCCCAGAAAGAUGUCAUGUUCGUCACGCUGAAAGACGGGUAUGGUCAAAUGCAGUGCGUCUUCACCGGGGACCUGAUCCGCACGUACGCCGCAUUGACUCUCACGCUCGAAACGUCUCUUGCCAUCCACGGCGAGCUACGCUCCCUCCCGCCCAAAGCGCACGCUCCUCUCGACCGCGAACUCCACGCCGACUUCUUCACCGUGAUCGGUGCGGCCGUCGGCGAGAAAGAAGCCAUCACCAACAAGGUCCAGGCCGAAGGCGACCCCCAAACGCUUCUCGACAACCGCCACCUCGUGCUCCGCGGCGACAACGCGUCGGCCAUCAUGAAAGUGCGCGCCGCCGUGACCCGUGCCUUCCGACAGGUGUAUCAAGAAGAUCGAAUCACUGAAGUAACGCCGCCGUCGAUGGUGCAGACCCAAGUCGAAGGCGGCGCCACUCUCUUCCAGUUCGACUACUACGGCGAGCCGGCGUACCUGACGCAGUCGUCACAGCUCUACCUCGAAACCUGCAUUCCUUCUCUCGGCGACGUCUUCUGCAUCUGCCCGUCCUUCCGUGCCGAAAAGUCGCUCACCCGCCGCCACCUGUCCGAGUACAUGCACAUUGAAGGCGAGCUGGACUUCAUCACCUUUGACGACCUGCUCAACCACCUCGAGCACAUCAUCUGCCGAGUCAUCGAGAUCACGCUGGCCGACCCGAUCAUCGCCGGCUACGUGCGCGACCUGAACCCCAACUUCACGCCACCGUCGCGGCCGUUCCGCCGCAUGAAGUACGCCGAGGCCAUCGAGUGGCUCAUCCAGCACGACAUCCCCAACGAGGAUGGCGAGCCGCACAAGUUCGGAGACGACAUCGCCGAGGCCGCCGAGCGCAAGAUGACCGACGAACUCAACGUGCCCAUCUUCCUGACCCACUUCCCCGUCGAGAUCAAGGCCUUUUACAUGAAGAAGGACCCCGAGGACCUCAGAGUCACCGAGAGCGUCGACGUGCUCAUGCCCGGCGUCGGCGAGAUCGUCGGCGGCAGCAUGCGUGAAGACAGCUACGAGGAACUCAUGGCCGCCUACAAACGCGUCGGCAUCGAUCCAACCCCGUACUACUGGUACACGGAUCAGAGAAGAUAUGGCACAUCUCCACACGGCGGCUAUGGACUUGGUCUCGAGCGAUUCUUGGCCUGGAUGUGUGGUCGGUGGACAGUGAGGGAGUGUGCUUUGUAUCCUCGCUUCGCGUACCGGUGUACACCGUGA